AUUGCUUCACAUACUUCUUUCCAAGCCUGCAUAUCUGACAUUUGGGGUUAUGAAGUCAGUCCUAGAUGGCCUCGCAGAUACAACCUUCAGAACAAUUACAACAGAUCUUCUUUACAUGGGUUCUAACGAUAUCCAAUACGAAGAUUUUAAAAGCGACAUGGCCUCCAAGUUAGGAUACUACCCACAGAAAUUCCCUCUGUCUUCUUUCCGAGGCGAUUUCAGAUCAAAAAUGACUGCAGGAGAAGAUGCUGUCUUAGGGGUGCACCCAUCUGAUCAGCUCAAUGUUACAGAUUUUUACAACAAGACCAUAUUCAAAGAUAAUGAGGAUAAUAUACAGUGUGGAGAGAACUUCAUGGAUAUGGAGUGCUUUAUGAUUCUGAACCCUAUCCAGCAGCUGGCCAUUGCAGUACUGUCCCUUAUUCUGGGUACCUUCACUGUUCUGGAAAAUCUUCUGGUCUUGAUUGUCAUCUUGCAGUCCCGAAGCCUUCGCUGCAGGCCUUCCUACCAUUUCAUCAGCAGUUUGGCAGUGGCUGAUCUCCUUGGCAGUGUAAUCUUUGUCUACAGUUUUGUUGACUUCCAUGUUUUCCAUCGGAAAGACAGCCCCAAUGUAUUCCUAUUCAAAUUGGGUGGAGUUACAGCCUCGUUCACUGCUUCAGUUGGCAGCCUUUUCCUCACUGCAAUAGACAGAUACAUAUCUAUACACCGGCCCCUAUCUUACAAAAGGAUUGUCACCAGAUCAAAGGCUGUUGUAGCAUUCUGCGUGAUGUGGACCAUAGCCAUUGUAAUAGCGGUCCUCCCUCUGCUCGGUUGGAACUGCAAAAUACUCAAUUCUGUUUGUUCAGAUAUAUUUCCUCUAAUUGAUGAGAACUACCUGUUGUUCUGGAUUGGAGUCACCACUGUACUCUUGCUUUUUAUUGUGUAUGCCUAUAUGUACAUACUCUGGAAGGCUCAUAGCCAUGCUGUCAGAAUGCUCCAGCGCGGCACUCAAAAGAGCAUAAUCAUUCAUACUUCAGAGGAUGGUAAAGUGCAUCAGGUCACUAGGCCUGAACAAACACGUAUGGACAUCAGGUUAGCCAAAACCUUAGUUCUCAUUCUUGUGGUCUUGAUCAUCUGCUGGGGUCCUCUACUUGCAAUUAUGCUCUAUGAUGUCUUCGGGAAGAUGAACAAGCUUGUCAAGACUAUCUUUGCCUUCUGCAGCAUGCUGUGUCUUCUGAAUUCCACCGUGAACCCCAUUAUCUAUGCUCUCAGGAGCCAGGACCUGAGACAUGCUUUCAGAAGCAUGUUUCCACCUUGUGAAGGGACAGCACAGCCUCUUGACAACAGCUUGGAGUCUGACUGCCAGCACAGACAUGCUAACAAUCCAGGUAAUGUCCACAAGGCUGCUGAAAGGUGUAUUAAAAACACAGUUAAGAUUGCCAAAGUGACCAUGUCUGUCUCCUCAGACACAACUGCAGAGGCAUUGUAAAACAAAGACCUCUCAGCAUCACGAGAGAACAAAACAAGAGAAAGCAAGAGAAAUUCAUGAUUUCAAAAGUGUGUGUUUUCUCAAAUGUACCAUUUUUAAGUUUUAUUAUUUGAAGUGACUGGAUAUUUCUUUGAGUCUUGAGCAGUAGCCCCCUCCUCCAAGUUCUACAAACAAGGACUCAGCCUAUGCUUUAAACAAAAAAAGUUUUCUGAUGGCAAAAUGCUAAUUGAAUAAUAGUGGCCAAAUCCUGUUAACAUAUACAAAAACAUCACAUUAAUCAAUGGGGAAAAUCUACACACUGAGGGAAACUAAUUGAAAAUUGAGACACAUACAACUGUUACCCAAUUGGAAAUACAUUUUGUAAUUGUGGUUUUAUUUCUAGUGUGAAAUAUGUCAGUUGUUUGUAAGUAGAUCUUCAUAACCCCCCACCCCACCCCAAAAGCGGCAGUACUGGAUUGUAGAAGUUUUGUACUAUGUCUUGUGAGAUGUAUGAUGUUUUACUCUAUGUUACUGAUAUUUGUCUAACCAAAGUGAUUAGGUAGACUUGUGUAGAAGUAAUGUAAAGUAUGUGAUGAUGUAACACCCUCCCCCCUGCCAUAAAAAUACUUCCCGUAUUUUGAAGAAUUCCUAUGAGGUAUUUUGAAAACUUUACAUUCUUAGUGUUUUUAGUGAAUUUAAAAGGAAAGGCUUUGUAUUUCUUCUGCUCACAUUUGAAUUCCCUAUUAAGUUUGAAACUCAUGUAAAUAUGGGAAUAACAGCAACAAAGGAACAUAGGAUAACUUUGCAAAAGUGAAUACUACAGUGGUUCGGACUGAAAAAAGAAGGCUGUACUUUUCAAAAGGUCAUC